AUGCCAGAUGAUCAUCCGAGAUUGCCUCGGCUACGCGGGUACUUCCAGCCCACCGAUGUCUCCAUGUACAAAUGGUCUGGCCAACGCGCUGACCUUCAGUUCGACCUUGACGGUUUUAAUGCCAUCACCAAGGAGCGCUUUGGAUAUCCCCUUUACCAGUAUUGGUAUUUCUUCACCUCGCCAGACGGCUACCAGAUCAUCGACAAUAAUCUUGAAAGAUUCUGGGAAGUGUUGCAUGGCGCUGAGCCUGACUGGAUGGAGAAAAUGUUCGCCGGCGAAGACGCAAUGACGACUUACAUGUCGGGCAACAGGCGGGUGAACUUUGAAGUCUUAUGCAAAGGAGCCGAAAUAGAGGGAUGA